CUCCGGGAAAGUUUUCAGUGGUCGUGUCUGUAGCGACACAACAGUCGGACAUAGUUGAUGCUACUUUCUUUCGCUAGCUGCUAGCUAACUACAUGGCUAAUUAGCCGUCUUGAAUUCUUCACUGUUAAUUGUGUUUGUGGGGGGAAAUACCUUUAAGCACACGGAUUAGGAGACCCCGCUGGACGGGAGCACCGAAAAGGGGAUGUUUUUCCUCAAAAGGGCUUACUAAGAAUGUGCCAGUGCAGUAACUUAGAAUACCAGUUAGUAGGACUCACGUAAGGUAACUACGCGAUGGGCUUGACUACAUUGGCUAGCCUCAGACCUAGCUAAAUUAACUUGCAUAUACACAAAAUCUGUCAAAAUCACGCUGGCGGAUGUACGCAUUUUGGCUAGCAGCUAACUCGUUUCUGAAGCCUAGCUUGCAUGUACGUUGGCUGACUUGAGACCAGCAUUGUGCAGCUAAUGUUAGCUAGCUAGCACAGAACACAGGCGUAACAUUGGUUCUGUGCCUGAGUUAGCUUACCAGCUAGCGAGUUAGCAGCUGGCUUGACCGGAUGAGUGGUUUGUUGGCAACCUUAGAUAUCUCGCUAUCCAUUGCGUUCGAGCUCAGGCACUGCACAGGACCAGAAUGUCACCUCUGCUCAUCGCCUUGCUGGCGCUUUUGCUCUUCGGUAUUUUAUCGCUUAUCCUGUUCAGAUGGUUUGUAUGUAGUCUGGCUGUGCGGUUCUUCCACAACAACUUGAAUGCUGAACUGAGGAUCCGAUCAGUGGGUUUCUUCACAGUCAGAGGAAUCAGUGUCCAGUUCCAGCCCCAGCAUACCCUGGAGAUUGAUCGGAUAUGGAUCUCAAGCAAGUUGUUCAAUCAGGAUUUGCCUCGUUACCUUGCACUGUGCGUGGGAGAGACUCGGGUUCGAGUGGAUCUGCAGGAGCCCUUGAGGCCCCAAGUGCCCCGGGAUCACGGUGGAGACUUGAGGAAGCUGCCAGCCAGCCCAGCGGUGCUGUGUUUCCUGUCUCAGAUGUCUGUUCACAUCAACUCCAUAAACGUGAUGGUGCUGAACCUGGCACUGCCUGAGUCUCUAUGGCACAUGACUACCACAGGGAUCACCCUGCUGCUCAACCAUCACAGCAAGAAGGUAGCAUGGGAGUUCUCUGUGGGACAGCUGAGCAGCAAAGUUCUGAAGAGCAGCCGACUGCAGGACACGUGUCUGGCGGAGGUGUCCCUGUCCCUGACUCUCUCGGGGGACGUGAGUGUUCCAGACCUGCGGCCUGGCCGCUUUGGGCUCUGCGUCCGCACUCUGCUGGCAGAGAUGCACGAAGGCCUGUUCCUCAGCACACUGCCCCUGCCUGCCCGUCCUCCACAGGACACACACACUCACACAGGCACAGACAGCGGAGAGGCGUACCUGCAGACAGAGACCAUAGAACGGCUCCAUCAGCUCAUUCCUCAGCAGAUGAGCGUCGAGUUCGACAACACCAACAUCACCCUGUCCAUGCACAGCCAAAAGCGGCACUUGAACUGGACGCUCAAGUCUCUGAAGGUGGGGUACGGGCGUGAAGACGAGCAGCUUCCCCUGAAGAGCUUCACCCCCGAACUGCGCUUCCCUCACUGCAGCCUGGAGCUGCAGCUGGAGGACGGAUUGCUCCUGUCUCAGAGCCGACAGAGGAUCCUCUGCCUCAACUCUCUCAGGACCGUCCUGCAGGUGGCAUCAGUGGACAUCUCGGGGUCGCUUACAGUGAACACUUGCAUUAUCCACUACCGUCACCAGGAAUUUUCCCACUGGCUAGAUCUGUUCCCAUGGAAACAGUUAUUUCACAGGAAGGCCACUCCAAGAAAGACGCGUUUCCCUCAGCUGGAAGCUCCAGUAAUUAUCAGCUCUUCCGUGUCCAACGUCAACGUGUCUGUGCAGCUGGGAGACACGCCCCCCUUCGCCGUGGGCUUCAUUUCAGCUAGCGCAGAACUGCAGCACCUGAUGGACUUCCCCGUGGAGGCGGGGAGUGUGGGGUGCCAGAGCCUGCACCAGCGCGCCUCUCUGUCGCUGGAGCACUGCUGGUGGCGUGUGGGACAGGGAUCCCACAUUCAGCAAGCGCCGCACCCCCCCGACAAGCACGUGUGGGGCGAGGCCCUGACCCUGAACUCCCUCACCCUGCAGGGGAGCUGUAACCGCACCCAGCUGGAUUCCUCCCUCUCCACUGAGAGCCUCCACGUAGAGUCCAAGCUGCAGGGCAUGCAGGUGGAGAUUUCGGAGACCUGCGCCCUCUGCCUGUCCCGGCUGGUGUCCCUCUUCACCCAGGACGGCAGGAACGCCGUGAGUGGUCCGGACGUCCUCCUGCCGCCCCCCUCGGCCAGCGAGGCGGUUUCCCCCUCCUCCUGCGGCCAGCACUCGGUCCUGUUCAAGCUGGAGCUCGGGCUGGAGGACGUCAACGUGUUCACACUCUCGAACGUGGCAGGCGCGCUGUCCUUGCGGGUGGACGCCGUGGAGACGCUGGGUAUGCCGGACAGCUCCAGCGUCUCGUUUCAGGGCGUCUCGCUGUCCGUGGUGAAGGCUCUGACGGACGCCAUGGAGCCCUGCUGCCCCGCCGCGCAGUCCGCCAACCCCGUCCUCAGCCUGGCCUCUCUCGCCAUCAGCUACCACGCCACCGCCUGGGGGCUGGAGGUCCGCUGUGAGGAGGAGGUGGGGGUGCAGUGGACCCCAGCGGACCACAUGUUCCUGUACCAGCACAUCACAGAGACCCGGGCCUGCUGGAGAACACUGGCCUGCGCCCUGGGGCUGGCCCAAGAGCAGGAGGCGGAGCCGGAGCCGGCCAUCCCCACGGCGACCGCGGCGGCGGCGGCGGCCCAGGGCAGGGUGCUGAACCUGGGCGUGGAGCUGGGGGGCGUGGCGCUGAGGGCGUUCGUGUCGGAGCAGAACUACAUCCUCCUGCGGGCGGAGGCGCUGACGCUGUCCCGCCACGGCGGGAGCACGCGGCUCCAGGCCCCGCACCUCGUCCUCAACUUCGACGGCAACGACAUCUUCUCCUUCCGCGACGCCGAGGUGCAGGCGCUGCCCUGGGCCGACGAGACCACCGCCUUCCGCAGCCACUUCCCCUCCCUGGGCACGCCGCACAACCGCGCCUGGGUCUUCACCAUCCCCUGCCUCUCCAUCGAGUUCCCCUACCAGUACAACUUCUCCAACACCUUCGACCAGGCCAUCAACGUGCAGAAGUGGCUCAAGAGCCUGCACGGGGGCGGCGCCGGCCCGGCGCCCGCAGCGCCGCCGCUGCCCCCGGACCUGCUCUUCCGCAUCAGCCAGUUCUCCUGGGUGUUCCUGGACGACGUGUUCGAGAUCAAGCUGCGCGACAACUACGAGCUGAUGAAGGACGAGAGCAAGGAGAGCGCCAAGCGGCUGCAGCUGCUGGACCGGAAGGUGGCCGACCUGCGCAAGCAGCACGGCGAGCUGCUGCCCGCCCGCAAGAUCGAGGAGCUCUACACGUCGCUGGAGCGCAAGCACAUCGAGAUCUACAUCCAGCGGUCGCGCCGCCUCUACGCCAACACGCCCAUGCGCAAGUCCCUGCUCACCUGGACCGUGUCGGACCUGGAGCUGGCCGUGCUGGCCGACGCGUCGCUGCACGGGCCCGAGCGCGUCCGGGAGCAGCUGCGCGACAUCGACGGGGUCAGCCCCUUCCCCCGCGACGGCCUGCCGCUGGUCAUCCAGUGGGGCCGGGCCGUCCGCUUCAAGCUCGGCGCCUUCCUGGUGAGGAUCCGGGACUACCCCCGGUAUCUGUUUGAGAUUAGGGACUGGGAGCUGUCGGGACGCCUGAUCGGGACGGAGCAGGACGGGCAGUCCCGCGGCCGGCGGAAGCAGGUCGUCCACCUGGGACAGCCUUGGGGGGACGUCACGGUCCACAGGAACAUGCCCCCGCUGAAAUUCUACUACAACUUCCACUCGAAUAUUUCCCUGUACACAAUUGUGUGGGGACCAUGCUGGGACCCUGCCUGGACUCUGAUUGGUCAGGUGGUGGACUUGCUAACGAAGCCCACGGCUGACCCCUCCCCCCCGCUGGCUUGGUGGGAUAAGAGCCGGCUGCUCCUCCACGGCUGCUGGGUUAUGGACAUCGAGCAGGCCAACCUGCACCAGCUGGCCACCGAGGACCCUUAUAACACCACAGAGAACAUGCACUGGGAGUGGAACAAGCUCAACUUCGCCUGGAACCCGGGACAGUUUGUCUUCAAGGGAGACAUGGACGUCAACGUCAGAACAGCCUCCAAGUAUGACGAUAUCUGCUUUCUUCACCUCCCAAACCUGUGCAUGACCCUUGACCUGCAGUGGUUGUGUCAUGGCAACCCCCACGACCAUCACGCCGUGACGCUGUGCUGUGCGGAGAACGUGGCGGACGUGACCUCCGGCCAGCCGCACGACUCGUACAGGGCCUUCCGCUCUGAGAACCUCAACCUGUCAAUCACCAUGGACCUCAACCAGCAUCGGGAGCAGGAGAGAGAACCGUGCCAGCCCAAGAUCCUGCUCUACAGCAGCACACUGCGCUGGAUGCAGAACUUCUGGGCCACCUGGACCGGCGUGUCCCGGCCCAUCUGCAGGGGCAAGCUCUUCCACAGCCUCCGGCCCAUCCGCAAGAAGCUGGGCCAGCACUACAAGCAGAUGUCCUACACAGCGGCCUUUCCACAGCUGCAGGUGCACUACUGGGCCUCUUUUGCCCAGCAGAGAGGAAUCCAGGUGGAGUGCAGCAAAGGGCAUGUCUUCACCAGGGGAGCACAGAGACUUAUUCCACAGGCUGGCACGGUGAUGAGGAGGCUGAUCUCGGAGUGGAACGUGACGCAGAUGGUGAGCGAGCUGUCGCUGGUCACAGUGCACCUCAUGGCCUCCACCUGGGACGAGACGGCCGACCACCAGAUCAACGCCCAGGUGAAGAAGACGCACCUGCUCAGCCUGUCCUCUCUGAGCUACCAGCGGCAGAGCAACCGCAUGGAGGAGGAGGUGAAUCUGAAGGAGGAGGGGAACGCCUUCUACACCCACAAGCUGUGCCUGGUGGACCUGCGGGCCUCGUGGACCACCACCAACCGCAACAUCGCCUUCGGCCUGUACGACGGCUACAAGAAGGCGGCCGUGCUCAAGAGGAACCUGUCCACCGAGGCGCUGAAGGGCCUGAGGAUCGACACGCAGAUCCAGGCCAAGAAGCUGAAGCGCUCCCUCUCCAGCUACUCCCCCACCACGGCGCCCUCCACCCCCGUCACCCCCAGCACCAGCCGCCCGGAGAGGAACCACACCGAAGGCCCGUCUAUGCUUCAGAAGCUGAUAGAGGAGACGGAUAAGUUUGUGGUGUUCUCUGAGGAGGACUCUGGAGUGAGUGACCAGCUGUGUGGCAUCGCAGCGUGCCAGACCGAUGACAUUUACAACCGCAACUGGUUCAUCGAGCUCGUCAACUGCCAGAUGAUGCUUCGGGGCACAGAGACGGCCGGCUGCGUGCUGGUGUCUGCAGCCAAGGCCCAGUUACUGCAGUGUGAGCACCACCCAGCCUGGUACAGCGACACCCUCAAGCAGAAGACCACCUGGACCUGCCUGCUGGACGGCAUGCAGUACUUCGCCACCAUGGAGCCCAACCCCUCUGAGCAGGAAGACUGGCAGCUGUGGCUGGAGGUGAAGAACAUUGAGGAGCACCGGGAGCGUCACCUGGACUCGGUGCUGGAGCUGAUGGAGAGCGGACAGGCUGUGGGCGGCAUGGUCAGCACCACCACAGACUGGAACCAGCCGUCGCAGGUGCAGGAGACGCAGCAGGUGCAGAGAAUCAUCUCCCGCUGCAGCUGUCGCAUGUACUACAUCGGCUACAGCCACGACAUCGACCCGGAGCUGGCCACCCAGAUCAAACCCCCCGACCUGCGCAACAGCCACGAGAAGGAGGACCUGCUGAAGAAACAGGCCGGUGCUGUGGAUACUUUCACCCUCAUUCACCACGACCUGGAGAUCUCCACCAACCCCGUGCAGUACGCCAUGAUCCUGGAUAUCGUCAACAACCUACUGCUGCACGUGGAGCCCAAGCGCAAGGAGCACAGUGAGAAGAAGCAGCGCGUGCGCUUUCAGCUGGAGAUCUCCAGCAACCCGGAGGAGCAGCGCGGCAGUAUCCUGCACCUGCAGGAGGCCGUCAGGCAGCACGUGGCCCAGAUCCGCCGCCUGGAGAAACAGAUCUACUCCAACAUGAGAUCCCAGUCUGAGGACGUGAGAGGGGACGAGCUGAUGGACAUUAACCUGAAGCUGCAGAACCAGCUCAACCAGGAGAAGACCGACAUGCAGAUGAAGAGCGAAGAGCUCAACAUUCUAAUCAGGUGUUUUAAGGACUUCCAGCUGCAGCGGGCCAAUAAGCUGGAGCUGCGGAAGCCUCCGGAAGACGUGAGCGUGGUGCGGCGCACAGAGAUUUACUUCGCCCAAGCGCGCUGGUGCCUGACGGAGGAGGACGGCCAGCUGGGUAUCGCAGAGCUGGAGCUACAGAGAUUCAUGUACAGCAAGCUAAACAAGUCUGAUGACACUGCAGAGCAUCUCUUAGAGCUUGGCUGGUUCACCAUGAAUAACCUGCUUCCCAAUGCAGCUUAUAAGCAUGUGAGGGUGGUGCUGCGGCCCCAGAGCCCCUGCCAGUCGGUGCGCCAGCUCGCCCUGCGCAUCUUCAGCAAGGUCCGCCCCCCCGUCGGGGGCAUUUCUGUCAAGGAGCAUUUCGAGGUGAACGUGGUUCCGAUCACCAUUCAGCUCAUGUACCAGUUCUUCAAGAGGAUGAUGGGAUUUUUCUUCCCGGGGAGAAAUGUAGAGGAAGAGGAAGUGGGUGAUGAAGAGGACAAAUUCAGACUGGUUACUACAGGCAUACAAGCGGUCAAACCACGCCAGCUUUCUGAGGACUCUAUGGGGGCCCUGGGUCCUAGUAAGGGGGUCACACAGGGGUUAAACCGAACAGCAGGGGUCAGGAGAUCCUUCCGGAAGCCCCCUGAGCAUCCUGUGGAUGAUAUUGAUAAGAUGAAGGAGAGAGCUGCCAUGAACAACUCCUUUAUCUACAUCAAAAUUCCUCAGGUUCCCCUCUGUGUCAGUUACAAGGGAGAGAAAAGCAGUGUGGACUGGAAGGAUCUGAACCUGGUGCUUCCCUGUCUGGAGUAUCACAAUAACACCUGGACCUGGCUGGAUUUCGCCAUGGCGGUGAAGAGGGACAGCCGCAAAGCGCUGGUGGCCCAGAUGAUUAAGGAAAAGCUGCGUCUGAAGCCGGCGUCGGGCUCGGAGUCGCGGGGCAAGACCUCGGAGGGGAAGGACGGCGGCCUGGCACAGCAGGAGGAGGACGAGAAGGCGCGGCUGCUGAUCGGCCUGAGCACGGCCGACCGCAGCUCCGGCAAGAAGAGCAUCUUCAGCCGCCGCAAGUGAUGCUCCGCCCACCGCGGCCCCACCCACAGAGGCUCCGCCCAUCCUGUAUCAGGGAACUGUGGAGAACGCAGACCCGCAAGGACAGGCUUACACCCCUCAGGGUGGGGUUGGGUUUUAUAUGCAGUUAAAAGGUCACUGUCCACUGGAAUAUCCCCAUUUAAGGGACAGCCUGGUGGGCAUGCCCACCCCCCCCAAUCCUGACCUGCCUUGCCUUGCCUUUAAUACCUAUUUCAAACUGCACAGGCUGCUGUUUGUGUAGCCGUCUGCAAACACAGCCACACCCGUCAGGAGCAGCAGGGGUUUCGCACGGGAGUCUCUUACUGAGGGGGUCUGGGGCAGUUCUACUCUACACAUUUUAUUUUUAAAACAAAGCAUUGCUUUGAGUUUGGGUCAACUGUGGCACAGAGCACGUCAGCCUUGGAGAAAAUUGCUGUGGUCACUUUUCAUUAAAAAAAAAUAAAAAAAUUUACAUUUCCGUUAGGUGUUUUAAAUUCCAUUAUCGUCAAUCGUAAUAAUUAUAUAAAUAAAGAAUCUUUUUGUUUUCUUUUACCUAUGAGGUAAUCACUGUGGUGUUUGAGGUAAUGUGGUCACAUAUAAUUAAAUUUUGUCCUGCUUCGUUUCAAUAUCGCCAAUGUGGCUAUGAUUUUCUCCUGCGGGCUCAGGAAUGAAAUGUAAUGUGUUUGAAUCUAGAAGAUUCCUUAACACUUGUCUCCAUGGACCUCCAGGGAUGCACUUGCGUAGUAAAUUGUGGAUUUGUAUUCCUGUCGUGCCUUCUGUUUUGAAGGCUGCAAAUGCAUAAGACUAAUACUGUUAGUUGAUUCCAUGAUCCUGUACACUAAUCCUUUCUACCAGUUCCCAUCUGAGCAGAGAUAGGUGCAGCUGUUCAUCUUUGAACUAAAGUCCAGAAAUCCUCACACUGAUGCAGAGGAACUCCUAGGCGCUAACGCUGUGCAACUCGCCAUGGUGACGCUGCAAAGCUACUCACACUAACCCAGUGGAAUGCCUCACGCUAACGCUGCAAAACUCUUCACGCUAACAUUGCAAAACUCUUCACGCUAACAUUGUGGAACUCCUCAUGCUAACACUGAGGGGCUCCUCAUGCUAACAUUGCGGAACCACUCAUGCUAAUUCUGUGGAACUGCUCGUGCUAACACUGUGGAACCUGUCAUGUUAACACUGUAAAACUACUCACGCUAACGCUGCAAAACUCAUGCUAACAUUGUGGCACUCCUCACAUUAACAUUGUGGAACUCCUUGCGCUAACGCUGUGGAAUUCCACACUAACCCUGUGGCACUCCUCACUCUAACAUCGUUGAACUCCUCGUGCUAACGCUGAGGAACUCCUCGCGCGAACGCUGAGGAACUCCACCAAGCAAAGCAUUGAUCACGUAUGUUGCCCUUUGCCUUCAUAGUUGAAAUGACCUUUGUCUUGCCACUACCCGUUUGUAAUAUUUAAUAGAACAAAAAAGCAAAAUGCUUGUGGAGCCUUUAAUUUAAAUUUCAUUUAAAUUUUGGGGCUGUAUUAUAGCACUUGUGUUCUGAAAGCGUUGGUGGUCAUGGUGGGAUUAAAAAAAAGCAUGAAGUCUAAAUGAUGUUUUGUAAUUUUAACACUAUGGCACUUUUUACGCAAAGUAUUUUCUGAUGUCUUUUAACCAUGGCUAUUUCUUUUCUAAUUCUGUACAUCGUGAGGUGCUGUUGAUUGAUUUAUUUUACACCUUUGAGGAUUGGUUUUCAUUCUGAAUAUUUCUAAUAAAUUAAAUUGACAUUUUGAUUUAUUUUUCCUUGAUUGUGACCCCUGGGUUGUAAUUAUAUUAGCAUUUUUUCCCCUUUCUAAAUAAUAAAGGAAGUAAAUUUAUUUCACAGUGCAUGUAAUCACAAGGAUAUUUGUCAAUAAACUUGCUGUACUAAAA